AAAAAAGAACUAGUGCAGGAGGUGACGCUCUGAAGGAACACGCAGAGGGACAAGGCAAAGAGAGCAAGGCUGCAUCUCCAUUGAAAUAUUUGAAACGAGGCAGACAGACGCCGAAUUGGUAGCUGGCGGUUAUUUAUUAAAUUUAGGCAAUAACACGCAAAAAAAGGUGAUAGACUACAAAAAAGAGAGGCAGUUCUCAGGGUGUUUUUUUCCUGCUUCAUUGCACAUUUUCAUUCACUAACUGGGAAAUUCCCCUCAACAGCGGAAAAACUCUCCCCAAAAUGAAUCAUCUGCCUGCAUGCGAGCGACUGGAUACUGAGUGAAAGCCUCCGCUAACAAAGAAAAGAAAACUACGCCGUGAUUGAUCUUUUUUAUUCCGGGUUUGGCGCCCGCAACCUGCUGGAGCCAAACUCCUCCUCCCACCUCCCUCCGGUUGCUCUCAUCUUCUCCCUCCUCCUCCUCCCUCCUCCCCCUCCGGUCCUCUAUGCUCAGUUCGGUGUGUGUAUCCUCUUUCAAAGGGCGCAAGGGUGGGAACAAGUCGUCCAACAAAGCAUGUUACAGCGCAGACAUGACUUGUCCGUCGGAAAGCGAGAAAAUCGUGAUAAACUGCGGCGGGGUGCGCCAUGAGACAUACCGGAGCACCCUGAAGACCCUGCCCGGCACCCGCCUGUCGUGGCUCACAGAGCCGGACGCCUUCAGCAACUUCGACUACGACCCCAAAUUGGACGAGUUCUUCUUCGACCGCCACCCGUCCGUCUUCUCCUUCAUCCUCAACUACUACCGCACGGGCAAGCUGCACUGUCCCAACGACGUGUGCGGCCCCCUGUUCGAGGAGGAGCUCGCCUUCUGGGGCAUCGAUGAGACGGACGUGGAGGCGUGCUGCUGGAUGAACUACCGCCAGCACCGGGACGCCGAGGAAGCUCUGGACAGCUUCGAGACGCCUGAGCCGGACGCGCCCGACGACGACCCGGCCCUCGGGGGCGCCGACGGGGACUUGAAGAGACUCUGCAUGCAGGAGGAUGCCAGGAGGGCGGGCUGGUGGAAAACCUGGCAACCCAAAAUAUGGGCGCUCUUCGAGGACCCUUACUCGUCCAAAUAUGCCCGGUAUGUGGCGUUUGGCUCCCUAUUUUUCAUCCUCCUCUCCAUCUCCACUUUCUGCAUGGAGACGCACGAGGCCUUCAACACUAUCCUCAACAAGACUGAGAACGUGACGGUAGGCAACCUGACACGGGAGGAGAUCGUCUACGAGGUGGUAACCGACAGCUGGCUGACGUACGUGGAGGGCGUUUGCGUCAUCUGGUUCACCAUCGAGGUCCUCCUGCGAGUCAUUUUCUGCCCCGACAAGGUCGAGUUCUUCAAAAGCACCCUAAACAUCAUCGACUUUGUGGCUAUCCUGCCCUUCUACCUGGAGGUGGGAUUGAGCGGUCUCUCAUCCAAAGCCGCCAAGGACGUCCUGGGAUUCCUCCGCGUGGUGCGAUUUGUCCGAAUCCUCCGAAUCUUCAAGCUGACCCGCCACUUUGUGGGUUUGCGAGUCCUCGGCCACACCCUCCGCGCGAGCACCAACGAGUUCCUUCUGCUCAUCAUCUUCUUAGCCCUCGGAGUCCUAAUCUUUGCCACGAUGAUUUAUUACGCCGAGAGGAUUGGCGCCCACCCAGACGACCCGGCGGCGAACGCCCACACCAACUUCAAGAACAUCCCCAUCGGUUUCUGGUGGGCUGUGGUGACCAUGACCACCUUGGGCUAUGGAGACAUGUACCCGGAGACGUGGUCUGGGAUGCUGGUGGGGGCUCUGUGUGCCUUGGCCGGUGUGCUGACCAUCGCUAUGCCCGUUCCCGUCAUUGUCAACAACUUCGGCAUGUACUAUUCUCUGGCCAUGGCCAAGCAAAAAUUGCCCAAAAAGAAGAACAAACACAUUCCGAGAGCACCACAGCCAGGGUCUCCCAACUACUGCAAGCCGGAUGCCUUGGCCAUGGCUACUGCCUCACCGCAAAGGCUCUUGGGAAAUGUUCUAGGUGGAGUCAUGGGCUCAGGGGGUCUAGGGGGUGACUGUCCUCUCGCCCAAGAAGAAAUUAUAGAAAUCAACAGAGAUUCCAAGCAAAACGGCGACGCAGCCUCGGCCGCACUGGCCAACGAAGACUGCCCCACCAUCGACCAGGUGCUCAGCCCCGACGAGAGGAGCCCAAUUGGGCGGGGUCCGACCCGGGAACGGUACCAGCAGGACCGCGCCUGCUUCCUACUUAACACCAGGGAAUUCCGAGCCACAGAUGGGAAUGUGCGGAAAGGUUGUGUCAUAUCACGCGUGUGUAUGUGGGCUCUUUCAUUCCUACACGUUACACACACUGUCUCAACGCCGUCUGAGUGUCGUGUUGGUGUUGUCGUGCGUGGCUUACUUUUGGUUCUUACUCCUUUUUUCCCCCCCUGACAAUGUGUUUAGCGUUGUGACUCCUUCGCCCCACGGGCCUCAGCCUUGGGAAAAGAAAACAUUGCAACUCAGCAAUACAUAUUUGUGCCUUGAAAAACAACUUAUUUGUGCACACGAAUGCAAAUUUCAGUGUAAAAAUGUUUUUGUUUCUAAGAAAUGUGCACACUAACUAACAAGAACAUAGAGACACAAGUACUGGGACACUCAGCAAUUACAAAUAUGUGCAAUAGUCUGAGGACACCAGACUUUUUUUUUUGUUUUGACUACUUUUUUACUUUAACAACAAAUUUACACCUACUGUAUGUACGUGUACAGUAAUAGAAACGUACAACUUUCUGAAUGUAGACUAGAGACAUACCACUUUUACAGUUGAAUAAAAAGUCAAGAUUAGGAUUUUUGAAAUUGUGGCACUAUUGACUCCAUUUGCUUAAAAGAAUUAAGAGGUUUGUCCAAAGACUUUUGUCCAUCUAAGUGCAUCAUUUUAUUCCAAAGUGUAAUUUCUCAAGGCCCAAGGUCACUGUGGUAAAGGGGAGACAUUAAGGUCAAAGGGAUAGUACUUCUGGAAACGACACCGUGCUGACGGCAAACUAAACACACUCAAUGCAAGGAACUAAGCUUUGUGCUUUAUGACCUUCAUCAAUCAGGUUCUCUCUGUCAUCAUCAUCAUCAUAUAAAAGAUCGAACACGGUGUCGUUGGCGCUUAGUGCUUCGGAAAUACUAUUCCCAAGACCGUGCGACUGGGCUUUCAGUGCCAAGUGUAGCCCAAAGCUUCAUAACUCUUUGCUCCCUGUGCUGCCAGGUUGAAAGAAAUGCAAUGAAAUACAGCUUAAAGCUCCACUUGGUAACUGAAAGACUUUGCACAUACAGUCCAAAAUAUAAAAGCGGGCAGGUUGAAUUAAAAAGUGGCAACAAGGUAAGCUGAAGGUCUAAGACAAGACUACACUUUUGGUGGAUCCUCAUGUAAAAAACAAAAUAUGCGCCUUUAAAUCCCUCUUUAAAGCAAAUCAGGAUUCAGAAACAGAAAAUUAUUACGAAUAGUAUAAUGCCUCCAAGUUUUUUAAUGCCAAACUUACAGUCGUUAAUGUUUAGCGUCAUGCUUUGCCUUUUGCCUUUCAUGGCAAUAAUGCUAACACAUUAUAGGAAACACUGAAAUUACACACUAGAAAUUAGCACAUACACAAAAAAGUACAAACAUUUUUUAAAAAAUCAAAGAAGCAAUUUUCCUGUUUUUAAAGAGGGAUUCUUAGUUAUUCUUGUGUGCUGCAGGUAUGAUUUUUUACCCCCCUCUAGAUAAACGCUUUAGGUGUCUUUGCCAAGUUCUUUUGGAAAGCUUUACAUGUUCCUUCAAUUUUGAUUGUGGGCCAUCUGGCUUCCUGUGCUUUCAAUGCAAAAUAUGCAUGGCUAAUUUAGACGGUUACACUUGUGGCUACUGGGGACCUUCAACAACAAUGACCUCCAUCUUGUUAAUACUCUUUGUGUAGUUUUAUUGAAUGUUUUUCUUUCUUUUUUUCAAUUUGCGUAGUUGUUUGUCACUUUGUUGUUUUUUUUAAACUGUGUUUCUUGUGUGGUGUUUUAUUUUAUUGUUUUUGGUUUUGUUUACUGCAUAUUUUUAUAGGGCUAAGUUAUAAUUUAAAAAAAAAAAAAAAAAAGAUGGUGGCAUUCACUUUGUGGUUGAACUCAUGAGUUUUGUGCAGUACAGUUUUGUUGACCGUCUGUUCUGUUUGAGUUUAACAUCAUUUUCCAAAAAUAAAUCAAACAAAUAUGGCAGGGAAAAAAAACUUUUUACCAACAAAUUUAGAAUAAUCCUGUUUCGCGCUGUUUUAAAGAACGCCACUUUGAUGUGUUCUAUAUUAUGUCUAUUUUUAACAGCUAGCCAGCCAGUACUACAUAUCUCAUUGAAUAUUGAUAGAUUUUAUAGUUGUUUUCCUUAAGACAUGUUGUUAUUGGUCUCUGUAGUAUCAGCUCAUGUUAAAAUAUUAAUCACGGCUGGCUUCUAAUGCGAGUCAUUCAAACAGUAUCCAACCAAAUACAGUAUUUCUUUGUAGAGUGUUAUGAAAAAUUAUCUGAACCUCUUGGAAUUUCCCACAUUUCUGCAUAAAAUGAGCAUCAAAUGUGAUUUGAUCUUUGUCAAAAUCACACAGAUGAAAAAACAGUGUCUGCUUUAACUAAAACCACCCAAACAUUUAUAAGUUUCAUAUUUAGAAAAUAAAUUUUCAUGCAAACAAUGACAGAAGGGGGGAAAAUAAGUAAGUGGACCAUAACAUAUUAUAUUUUGUGCCCCCCCCCCUCCCGCUUCCUGUAGCUGCAGAUAAGUCUGGCACAUCGAUCAGGAGUAAUCUUGGCCCAUUCAUCUCUACAAAACUGCUGUAGUUCAGUCAGAUUCCUGGGAUGUCUGGCACGAAUCGCUGUCUUUAGGUCAUGCCACAGCAUCUCAAUGGGGUUUAAGUAAGGACUUUCAAUCGGCCACUCCAGAAAGUGUAUUUUGUUCUUCUGAAACCAUUCUGAAGUUGAUGUACUUCUGUGUUUUGGAUUAUUGUCUUGUUGCAGCAUGCAUCCUCUUUUUAGCUUCAACUGUCUGACAGACAGCCUUGGGUUUUCCUGCUAAACAUCCUGAUUAACCUUUGAAUUCAUUUUUCAAUUAAUGAUUGCAAGUGGUCCAGGUCCAGAGGUAGCAAAACAGCCCCAAAUCAUGAUGCUCCCUCCAUCAAGCUUCCGAGUUGGGAUGAGGUGUUGAUAUUGGUGAGAUGGUCCAUUUUUCUCCACACGUGACGUUGUGUGGUACUCCCAAACAGUUCAACUUUGGGUUCAUCAGUCCACAAAAUAUUUUGCCAAAACUUCUGUGGAGUGUCUAAGUGCCUUUUUGCAAACAUUAAAUGAGCAACAUUUUUUUUUUUUUUUUUUUAAAGAAAGCAUUGGCUUCCUCAGUGGAGUCCUCCCAUGAAUACCAUUGUUGACCAUAGUUUUACAUACAGUUGAUGUGUGCACAGAGAUAUUGGACUGUGCCAGUGAUUUCAGUAAGUUUUUAGCAGACACUCUGGGGUUCUUUUUUACCUCCCUGAGUAUUCUGCGGUGAACUCUUGGCGUCAUCUUUAGUGGACGGCCACUCCUUGGGAGGGAAGCAACAGUGCCAAACUCUCUCCGUUUGUAGACAACUUCUCUGACUGUCAAUUCAUGAACAUCCAGACUUUUAGAGAUGGUUCUAUGGUUUAGAGACGGUAUGGUUUAGAGAUAGUCCUUUCCCAGCUUUAUAAAAAUCAACAAUCCUUGAUUGCCGGUCUUCAGACGGCUCUUUUGACCGAGCCAUGAAGCACAUCAGACAACGCUUCUCAUCAAGACAAUUCUUACCAGGUGUGUGUUUUAUAGUGGGCAGGACAGCUUUAAACUACUCAUCAGUGAUUGGGCACACACCUGACUUAAAUUGUUUGGUAAAAAUUGGUUUCAAUUGCUCUUUAAGUCUCCAUAGGCUGAGGGUUCACACUUAUUUUUCCCCUUCUGUCAUUGUUUGCAUGCUAUCUUCAUUAAAGUAUGAAAACCUAUAAAUGUUUGGGUAGUUUUGGUUAAAGCAGACACUGUUUUUACAUCUGUGUGAUUUUGAAAGCAGUCAGAUCACAUUUGAUGGUGUUUUAUGCAGAAAUGUGAGAAAUUCCAAAAGGUUCAGAGACUUUUUCAUACCACUGUAUGCGAUAUAUAUUUCAACGUGGUAACACUUGUCUCCAUUGUCAUAUCACCUCAUCAUGAUUUACUGCAAAUAUUACUUUUUCUGAGCCAGAUUUAUUUUAGUUUUAGUACAAUUACAAAUAAACCAAGUAUGGUAUAUCAAUAAGACUUACUGAUCUUCAAUCUGUCAGUGAAUCAGCACAAUUCUGUGAAAAUAAUGAUCUCAGGUUUCAUUAACCCUGUUAAAAUAAAACACAUUUGAUAGAUAUUGUUGUAUAUGCUUACAUCUGAGGUUGUAAUUUAAACCUAUUGGUCGAUUUACUACAUAAAGUACCUUUCAAUCUAAAACUUUGCAAUACAAUUUUCCCCAUCAACCAUAACCCUAUAAUAACAUCCAAUAUGACCUUCGUGGCAGUCACCAGAAAGACGCUUUGUCAGCACAGUAUUGAAUUGCAGAUGAGGUGUACCUAAUAAAGCGGUCACAUUUCCUGCUCUGGAUUACGCCUGACGAUCGCGAAUGUGGUCACGAACAGAUCAAUCGUUUUAAUUAAGGGUAACAGGAGUCGCAGCAUCUUUAGCGGGCAAUUGAUCCCGGGCCCUCACUAACGUUUACUAAUAGUCAUCUGAAGCCUUAGAUGUAUUCAUAAUGUACAUGUAUAGAGAGUAAAUUAGAUUUAGCUGUUUUUGCUUCAGAGUUGCUAUUUUGCUUAAGAGUCUGGUCAGAUUAUUUGCAGUGUUUUCCUCUCUUUUGUUCCUCUUUGUGCUUCCUUCUCCAUCAGCUUCACCUUCCGCGAUUAACGCUCAUUCUCCCAUCCCAU